GGGUUCCUGGUGCUAUCCCGGGAGGGGGAGUCCCCGGAGCAGGCUUUUUCCCAGGUGCUGGAGUUGGAGGUUUGGGAGCAGGACUCGGGGCUGCAGGAAAACCUCCCAAACCAGGGGUCGGAGGACUUGGGGGGGUCGGAGGACUUGGGGGACUCGGCCCCCUUGGCCUGCAGCCAGGUGCUGCGGGUCUGUUCCCUGGAGCCUUCCCCGGGGCGGCGUUCCCGGGAGCCGCCUCGGCCGCGGCGCUCAAGGCUGCAGCCAAAGCUGGUGCUGGCAUUGGAGGCGUGGGUGGAAUUGGUGGUCCUGGUGGCCUCGGGGUCUCCACAGGUGCCGUGGUACCGGGCGCGGUGCAGCCCGGCCUUGGCGCGGCAGGGAAACCCCCUAAAAUACCAGGUGCUGGGAUUCCUGGAGCUUUUCCGGGCGGCGUGCUCCCCGGCGCAGGUGUUCGCUUCCCUGGCGUGGGAGUGCUGCCCGGGGUCCCCACUGGAGCUGGAGUCAAGCCUAAAGCCCCAGGAGCUGGAGCCUUUGGAGGAAUUCCCGGACUGGGAGGUUUUGGAGGUCAGCAGCCCGGUGUCCCUCUGGGUUAUCCCAUCAAAGCUCCUAAGCUCCCAGGUGCCGGGGCAGUGCCCGGAGUCGGAGGUGUCCCUGGCUUGGUGCCCGGUGUCGGAGGUGUCCCCGGGGCGGUGCCCGGUGUCGGAGGUGUCCCCGGGGUGGCAGGGGUGCCGUCGGCAGCAGCAGCAGCAAAGGCAGCUAAGUACGGAGCUGGCGUUCCUGGCAUCGCUGGCGUUCCUGGUGUUCCUGGUGUUCCUGGAGUUCCCGGUGUCCCUGGUGUUCCUGGUGUUCCUGGUGUUCCUGGCGUGCCUGGGGUUCCUGGUGCUGUUCCUGGUGUUGGAGUUGGUGGCCCGGCAGCAGCGGCCGCAGCCAAGGCUGCAGCGAAAGCAGCGGCGAUCGGAGCAGGACGUGUUCCCGGUGUUGGCGUUCCCGGUGUUGGCGUGCCCGGAGUUGGCAUUCCCGGUGUUGGUGUUCCUGGAGUGGGUGUGCCAGGUGUUGGCGUGCCCGGUCUGGUGCCUGGGGUCGGCAUUCCAGGAGGUCCGGCAGCCGCUGCCAAAGCAGCCGCCAAAGCAGCCAAGUAUGGAGCAGGUGGCCUGGCUCCCGGCGUGGGUGGCCUGGCUCCCGGCGUGGGUGGCCUGGCUCCUGGAGUAGGUGGCCUGGUUCCUGGAGUAGGUGGCCUGGUUCCUGGUGUUGGAGGUGUCCCAGGUGUUGGAGGUCCUGCAGCAGCAGCCAAAGCAGCAGCCAAGGCAGCCAAAUUUGGUGCCGGGGUUGGAGGGGUGCCAGGGGUGGUGCCUGGCGUGGGCGGAGUGCCCGGAGUGGCACCCGGUGUUGGUGGCGUGCCCGGAUUGGUGCCAGGGGUGGGAGUACCUGGAACUGGCAUCCUUCCCGGGGCAGGCAUCCCCCAAGUAGGGGUGCAGCCUGGUGCUAAACCUCCCAAAUUCGGUGUUCCUGGGGUUGGAGUCCCAGGGGUUGGUGGCCUCCCAGGUGGCCUUGGCGUCGGUGGGCUCGGAGUUGGUGGCCUCGGCGUUGGAGGUCCCGGCUUCGGCGUAUCACCGCUAUUUCCAG